GGAGAGCCGGGUCGAUUGAAACACGGGACGAUUGAAACACAGCGAUUUACUCGAAAACCACGCAAGGCUUUCACGUCAAAAUUCGUCACUACGUUCAGCAAGCAAGACUGACCAACCCCGGGAAAUUUUGUGUAAUGACGUCACGCCGUUCAAAAGUUAUCCCGCAAACCUGUUUUCGAGAGCUGUCAGAAAAUUUGCCUUUGAGCUGGCAGUGCACUUCAGCUGCCCAUUCCCUGCAUCCUGGUCGAGGAAGAGCAUGGCGGGGAAGGACUGGUUCACCUCCUUCAUGGAGCGCAGUGGCAGCCUCUCCCUUCGGCGUCCAGAGGCCACUAGCCAACAACGGUUGUCAAGUUUCAACCCAAGUAAUGUAAACUUGUUCCACCAAAAUUUAAAGACAGUGCUGGACCGGCACCAGUUCCAGGCCAAGGAUAUUUGGAACAUUGAUGAAACAGGUAUUUACUAUGAACUUUAUUAACAUAAAACACAACUAUAUACACAACUAUAUACACACAACUAUAUAUAUACACAACUAUAUACACACAACUAUAUUAUAUACAACUAUACUCACACAACUAUUUACAGGGGUCACCACUGUCCAGGUGCCAGACCGUGUCGUCGCCCAGAUGGGGCAGAAGCAGGUCGGGUCAGUGACCUCAGCGGAGAGGGGGACCCUGGUCACAGUUGCCCUGGCAGGCAAUGCUCAGGGCGACCUUGUUCCGCCAUUUUUCAUCUUCCCCCGUAAGCGGUUCAAAGACCACUUCCUGAGGGGUGGACCCGUUGGCUGUGCUGGCAGCGGCAACCCAACUGGCUGGAUGAAGGAGCCAGACUUCCUCCUGUACCUGGCCCACUUCACCAGUCACACCCGUGUGUCCAAGGAGUCGAAGCUGCUCCUCCUGCUGGACAAUCACACGUCCCACCUGUCAAUUGCAGCAAUUGAUUACUGCAGAGCCAAUGGCAUAGUGCUGCUGUCAUUCCCUCCCCACUGCACCCACAGGUUGCAGCCAAUGGACAUUAGUGUCUUCGGCCCCCUUAAGGGGUACGUAAACAGUGCGGCGGACAGGUGGAUGAGGAGCCACCCAGGGAUAAACAUCUCAAUUUAUGAUGUGCCCUCCAUCGUUGCUGAAGCCUUACCAAAGGCUGCAACAGUGAACAACAUCACCUCCGGGUUCUCAAGUCCAGGGAUCUGGCCUUUUAACCCCUCUGCAUUUGAGGAAAAGGACUUCGCCGGAGCCUAUUCGACAGACCGUCCUCCUCCCCAGGCUUCGGGUGACGAGGUCAGCGCUUCUCCAGGUGCCACUUCAGGCAUGGAUGUACCUGAUCGAGCUGCCGGGCCUGACGAAGCUGUCCAGCCUGAGGGAGAGGCCGUUGAAUUCAGCCCGGACAUCGUCCGGCCUUACCCUAAGGCCGGACCUAGAAAGAUCACAAAGAGAAGAGGGAGAAAGAGGCAAGUGGAGUUACUCUUGCAUCUCAUAUCUUGUCUGGACUUCCUUUGUCUACAGUCAUGUAGACCUACCACAUUUAAAGUAAUUCAAUUAUCAUUAAAACCUGCUCCUCCCACCAUCACCUGGCCCGCUGAUGGAGUCAGCCCCACCUUAGGCCUAGUUUGUCCUGUUCCGGAGGCAGCAGAGUUCACCACCAUUGCUGCCUCUACAUCUCCAAUUUAUUUAGGCCUAUCCAGCGAGGACGUCAGCUGCCUCGUGUGCUGCGAGCUCUUCAGCGCCUCGAUGUCUGGGGAAGAGUGGGUCCAGUGUGUAUUUUGCUAUAAGUGGUCGCAUGAGGCUUGCACCGACGGGAGUGCACACUACCUGUGUCACCUGUGUGACAAAGAAUAA